AUGGCAGGAAGUGCGACAACACUGCGCUGUGCGCAGCCCGUGGCGGUCUCUCCGACCGAGGAGGAGGUUGCCAGCAUGCACCACUUCAUCGAGAAUGCGCUGGACCUGCUCAUCAAGGGUAAUGCCAAGAGCUACCAAUACCUCAUCCAGCAGUUGACGCUCGUACCGCCGCCCGUCGCCACUCGUCGCAAGAUCUUUCGCGCCCUACCGCGCUGUAUCUCCACGAUGGCACGCGAGCCUAAAGCCUACCGCGCGCUGCUGGACGUGCUGUUCAAAUUUGACUUGUUGGCAAGUGGUGACCCGCUCGAGGUGGAGGACUACACGAGCUUCAUCGUGCACCUGGUAUCUUCCAAUACCGUCUACGUGGUGCCCACACUUCACAUGCUUGUGCGCAACAUGCGCCGUCCCCAGGAGAAGGAGCUACCGCCGGACCUCCGAGUACUCGCUCAGACAGAGCAAAAGAACGAGGAGGAGACAACCAAGAAAUCCACAAAAGCCGGUGGAAUCUCCAUUGGAGGAUCAUUUGGAGCCGAUACAGUAGCGACCCCGACGCCCGUUGCGAAGGUCGUGCACGAAGCCAAGGGGCCGAGUCUAGACGAGCGUAUCCAGAGCCGAUUCGAAGCCGCCCAUGAGACUCUGGAGCGUGUACUAACGUUGGUGCCAACUGCAGCCAAUGUAUUGUUCCCAAUUCUAUGUGAGCAUUUCCCGCACAAGCGAAUGGAUGCGUCGACUCAGGUGGCGUAUCUGCGCAAUGUACUGCGUGUGACAGGGUACGUAAGUGGACUGCGUGAACGUGUGCUGGGACUGGUGCUAGACCAGCUGGUGGCGAUUGAUGUGGAGAUCAAACUAGACGAGAGCGAGGAGGAUAUGUUCACGAUGGACGAUUUCCUGGACGACGACAUGUUGCCGCCUGAUGACGCCUCGCGACAGGUGGACGAGAUGGCCGAUAAACUGGACCAAAUGAUGCUCGUCAUGUUUGAGCACAUCGAGCAGAGCGCUGUAUCCUCGUCGCCUACGUCAGCGUCCUCCGACUCGGUGGCUUCUUCUACAGGAGAUAAAAAUUUGGACGUGCGCCAAGCAGCUCUGAUUUUCAAGUACCUACUCAAGGUGUUCGAGCACUCGAUUCUCAACACUCAUCGAUCCAAGUAUCCUCAGUUCUUGCUGUUCUAUGUGUGUCGGAUGGACCCGCAGUUUCAAGACGUGUUCAUCUCGCAGCUGCUUGCCACGUCGCUGGACCCUCAGACGCCUCCCACCACACGUCAAAGCUGUGGUGCUUAUCUGGCCAGCUUCCUUGCUCGCGCCAAGUACAUUUCCGUGGCUUAUCUACAGAAGGCUCUGUAUCAUCUGCUGAAGUGGCUGCAUGACCAAAUGGACGUCUACGAUGCAGCACACCAAGAGCAACAAGAGCGAGACGGCGAGACUGCAGCUGAAAGAGACGAACGAUUACUGGAGGAGUCGGAGAACAUGGGGAUCACAGGCGAUCGCGGCUUUCAAGAGAGUAUUUUUAUUUCCUCACUGCAGACGGUGUGCUACAUGGUUUGUUUCCGCGGACUGGAGAUUGCUACCAGUGACGAUGGCGCUGGCUACGACUUCCUGCGCAGUCUUGGCUGGGAGCGGCUGCUAGUCACAAGCGGGGGCUACUGUCCAUUGGCGUAUUGCCAACAAACGGUAGCUACUGAGUUCUUGAACCUGGUGGAGGCGUUCGAUUUGGUCUCAGAGGAGUGUCUCGAACGUGUGGAUCAAGCUAUUGGCACCGUCUCGUCGUCUACGAGCAAAUCUGCCAAGUCAAUGGAGCGCUCCAAGAAACCCACGGCAGGAUCAGCGUCUGCUUCCACACUGCUCGGUCAGCGUCAACCUCUCGAGACGUUCUUCCCUUUCGAUCCUUAUCUCUUGCGUCGUUCGUUCCGGUAUAUCGGUCCGUUGUAUUUGUACUGGAAACACGCCGAUCCGACGUCAAGCGAAAACUGUGAACUGCUGGAAUCCGUCAAGACAUCAAUCCGUCAGAUGCAGGAGAAGGCAGAAGAAGGUGAAGAUGACAGCGAAGAAGAAGAAGAUCUGAUCGAUGAAGACGUGAGCAUGGCUGGAAGUGUACCCAACCCGUCGAGUGCUUCGUAUCGUGCUGAUAGCUACAUGGGAAGUCUCAGUCGGUCCUGCAAUAUGUCGGUAAGUUCAUCCUACGACGGGGAAGGCUUUGUCGAUGAAGACCGCACUCCAGUAAGACGUCCGUUGCCUUCUCGGUCCAUGUUUGAUCCGUCUCCAGCUCUAUCUGCUAGUUCCCCUCCGUCGAGACUUCCCCCACUUGGUGCCGCUGAUGCAUUCACACUCGGGGGCUUUGAUGAUGAGGAUGAAGACGAGGGAUUCUAG